UUUAGUGUUAUGGCCAGCUGUCACGAGCCCCGGCCGCACCGUGAACAGUGCAGUCCAGAUACCUGCAGCUACAGCGAUCACUGCAGCUGAAGAUCACCAUGUGGAAAAGAAAGAAAGUUCAUCUGAUCAGACCUCCGGCGGAGCACCCGCUAGAGGGGAAGUACAGGCCUCUGCUCGAGAGCUUAAUCCCACCUGAUCCCAUGACCAAGCUCAGACUGAAGAGAGGCUCCCCCAAAGAGGAGUUCCCCAGUCUGGACGGGAACUACACGUAUAUGGCCCAGGUUCUGGAUCUGCACAUGUACACCCGGCAAUUCAACCGGGCUACUGACAGCGGGGUCAUCUUUGAUGACAUCAUUCGUCCGGGUCUGGAGGAGCCUGGAACGCGGACAGGGCUCAGGACAGCGGGCUGUUUGGCUGGUGAUGCUCAGUCCUACAUUCUGUUCUGUGAUUUUUUUGACCGAAUUAUUGAAGCUUAUCACAACUACAGAGUUUCCAGUGACGCCACUCAACACAGCGACUUCAAUUACGACAAUCUGAAGGGAGGUGAUGGGUGUGAUCCAGUGUAUGCUGUAAGCUGUGAGGUGUGUGUGACCCGCUGUGUGGAGGACUUCUGUUUCCCCACACACUGCAGCAGGGGGGAGCGGAGACAGCUCCUCACACUGGCCAAAACAGCUCUGGAUCAGCUUGGUGAGGAGUUUCCAGGAAAGUUUUAUUCUAUAGAUGAUCUCAACCAAGAAAUGAAGGAUAAAGAGAUCGUUAUGGAGGGUCCACCUGCUUCCUUAAUGAAGAUCGGUGUGGCUCGUGAUUGGCCUGAUGCACGGGCCCUGUGGGUGGGUGAAGACGGGACCCUGGCGGUUUGGGUGAACAUGGAGGAUCAUCUGAGACUGGUGUCUUCCAGAAAUGAUUCCAAUAUCCAGGAGGCGUUCGCAGUCAUCUGUAAUAGUUUACUGAAGUUGGAAGCUCUGUAUAAGAAGCUGCGGCACCCAUUCAUCUGGAAACCCCACCUGGGCUGGGUGGUCAGCUCACCUGCGGAGGUGGGGACCGGGCUGAAGGCCAGCAUCACAGUGCAGUUAGUGCAUGUGGUGAGACACAAACGCCUGGACAGCAUCCUGGACAGACUGCGGCUGCGCAUGGAGAUAAACCAUUUGUCCGGAAUGCACAAAGUAAGCAAUCAGCAAACCAUCGGACUGACUGAAGUGGAGCUCACCCAGUUAGUAGUGGAUGGAGUCAAGCUUCUCAUCAGAAUUGAGAAAAGACUGGAAAACAAUGGAGGGAUUGAUGACCUGGUGCCUGCGCAGAAGUAGUGCGUCGACUGUGGAUUCUGAAUCCUGUGUUUUAGGAGGAACAAACUAAAAACUAAUCCUGUGUUAAUUUAUUUGCUUCUUCCUCCUACACACUGUUCACAGAUUAAAAACAGACAAUGAAAGACCAUAAAUGUCAAAACUGACUAUACUGAAUAAUGACCUUUAUCAAGACCCAACAUUCGGUAUUUUGUGAUUUUCACUGUUUAAAUAGAACAAAGAUUAAAGGAGAAAUCUAGUGUGAAAUGGACUUGGGUUGUAGUGAAUCAUGAUAAUGGGUACAAACUCCCAACAGGCUUAAAAUUCAUACAGCUAGGGCUGCAACUAAUGAUUAUUUUGGUAUUAGACUAAUCUAGCGAUUAUUUGUCUGAUUACUCAAUUAAUUAACGAUUAUUUCUGCCAUGCCCUCUAUCUCUGCUUGCUGGGGAUACAGUUGCUAUUUUUUAGCUUUCUCUGUUUUCGCAUUACAUCGAUAGAAACAGCUGAACAAAGGAUUUAAAUGUCCUUCAAAUGUCCAGAACAUUGACCUUUAAAUGUGAAAUGUACAGAUAUUUAGUGAGGAAACGUGUAAUCUGUGUCCCCAGUACUUUUUGUAUUGCUGCAAAUUAAAGAUUAGUCGACAAUGAACAUUUGGAGUCAAAAUUUUUCUAUAAUCGACAUUGCUGAUUAUAUUGACUAAUCGUUGCAGCCCUACAUGCAUUUCCACAGAACUAAUUUUGCAGCUUGUUCCUCCGUCUUACGUAUUUAUUCGAUCUCAUCAGUCGAUUUAUUGUGAAUUCAUAUCAAAAUAAGUUUCUAGAGAACUACCUUAAGUUAGUCUGUGUAUAAACAGUUUUUUUUUCAAAAGAAUGACUGAAUUUUCAGGAUUUUGAGGACACCACCCCUCUACUUUGUCAGGUGGUCUAGAGAGCUAUCAGUCAACUUUUGUGGACAACUCUCUCUCUGUAUUUCUAAUAAGCUCUUUUUGCAUGAUCAUAUUCAGAUACAAUAUUGUCAAAGCAUUAACACAAAUUAACUUUUCGAACUUCAGCGUGUUUAAGCAUGCUGUCAUCAACAUAAUAAUGGCCACUAACUGGCAUAAAUCAGGGAUGCGAUUGAUUGAGAGCACAGUUUGCCUUGCGAGAAAAAUUGUUGUUGAGUCAUUCUAGUGUUAAUAAACUACCUGUGCAGUGUGCACAAGUUCUCAGUGUGUUGUUUUAAAUGGCAAGGACCUCAGAAUUCUAUCAAUAAAGAUUGGAGCCUCUU